AUGAAAUCAAUUUCGUCGACAUUCAAAGCCGCUUUCCGACGACGGAGCAAAUUACGGCCUGACAAGGAUGCUGGCACAAUGAUUGUAUCUAUGUCAGAAUCACGUCAGGAAAGCUCAAAUAGUGAACUCCCGAUACCAGACACCAACAUUGUAUCGACUGUGCCAACAAUAGAGUCAACGACACAAUUAGAAGGAGUGACUUCCCAGGCGCUAUCAAACAUUCGACAGGAAGAUAUAUCACUGUGGAACAGUGCCUACGAAAGACUUAAGGAGACCAGUGAGAAAGUUGUGACUGAAUACGAGGAGCUGCUCUCGAAAGAGCUGUCAUCUGAGAUUGACAUAUCUGAGGAUGAGUCCGAGAAUCACAUCGAUGACACGAAUCACGACCGCAGAAAAGAAAAAUUGGAAUUGAUCAUUCAAAAUGGUUUGCGGCGAACAGAGGAAGGAAAGACAAAGUACAAAAUCUUCGGCAAGACAUUCAUUCCACGAUACCACAUCGCCCGUACAGCUGAGUUUGUGCAAAGCGUGAAAACCCUUGUUGAUGAGGCGGUGAAAGCCUCACCAGAGGCAGGCCUGGUUUGGGCUGGAGUUUGCACCGUCCUCCCUAUUCUUAUCAAUCCCUCAUCCGCAGAGUCGGCUCAACAGGAGGGUUUCACAUAUGUGACAUCACGUAUGAGGUUCUAUGGUGAACUAGAGCGAUACCUGUGGCCGGCGAGGCUGGAGAUGGCCUUCGGAUUAAAGCGUGAGGUGCUUGAUGAGCUUAUUGGUCUAUAUCAACAUAUCCUGGAAUUCCAGAUCACACUUGUCGUUCAGCUAUACAAGACAAGACUGGCAAGGUUGAAACAUGAUAUCGUCAAUCACGACACUUGGAACAGCAUGGUUUCUAAACUGAAGCAGCAGGAGGCAAUCUUUGAUACGGACUUGAAGAAGAUCAACGAUUUGGCAUUAAGAAUGGAGUUUCAAAAGCUCAACGAAAAUGCAGAGAAAUUCUUUGACGAUCUGAAAUCAAAACUUUCAAGCCCUCCGGAGAUUCAAAGAGCUGCAACGAAUCAUCAUAGUGGUUUUGGGGAUCAGUUCAAUGCGUCUGGAGGCGCAAUGCAAACUAACAAUACAGGCGACGGCGAUCAAUACGUAGGAGUGUCGUUCUACGGAUCAGCAGGAUUCGGUCGAACAUAA